CCUCAGAUGCAUCACUGGCGAGCACAAGACAAGCCGCUUGCCAGACAGUUAUCGGCUCUACUCGACGAUCCUGAGCUUGAAGUUCUCACUGAAUUGACACCGUCGAUCGAGGAGGACGGUCAGUGUUAUAUUCGCAAAUUGCCUCCUCAGUUUUAUAUUCGCAAAUUGCCUCUUUGUACUGCGCAUGACGAUCAGAUGCCUGAGUCUAGGAUGGAUCGAGAUAGGAUAUGUCACUGUGCAGGAUUUGUUGUAUAUCGCUUUGAUCUUGUAAUUAAGUGCUUCACUUGUAAUAUUUAUUUUUUCAAGAGGAUCGUUCAGUACUACCUCCAUUGAGGAUAUCACCUCCA